AUGAUUGUCAGCAGCUUAUUGAGUAUAUUCAAUUGGCAUAGCCCUCGUCGAGCCGAACUGGAUAUGAGUGCCGAAGAAGCUCAACCUGAGCCAACACCGACGACUGAAGUGAUCAACACUGAGCCGGACAAUACAGUCGAGAUAAUUACCGCUGCACCACCCGAACAAGGAUUCAAUACCCCCGUUGCGAAGCCUAAUAUCAAUGAGUGA